AUGCUUGAAAAACCAUUGGAUUUUUGGAAGAAUGUUGUUUGGUCUGAUGAGUCCAAAUUCAAUCUUUUCGGCUCGGAUGGUAAAGUUAUGGUAUGGAGAACGCGACACGAAGAAUUCGACCCAAAAUGUACUGUUCCUACGGUCAAGCAUGGUGGCGGUUCAGUUAUGGUUUGGGGCUGUUUCACUCGACAGGGAGUCGGUAAACUGUGUUUAUUAGAUCGCAUUAUGGAUAGAUUUUACUAUCGAGAUAUUUUGGAACAAAAUCUGUUGCCUCGAUCCAUCAUCUUAAAUUAG